AUGUAUUUGCAACAGCCGAAGAACAAUAUACGAAAUGAGCAUUCCAAGCCACUAACACCUCCAACACACACGACACAUGAGACUUUUCCGUGGAACACCCAAGACACCGACAACAAUGCUACACAUGGGCAUCGAGCUUCCACUUCAAAUGAUGCAGCCGAUCACACUGCACCUACCACAAAUAUCAACAAUACCGACCAAAGUAGGGACUCCAACCUAUCGGAUCAUAACCCGAACAACCGCUCUCUAUCAGACAGAUUGAGAGAUAUCCUCCAAGUCUCUAACAACAAUGAUGAAACGAUCUCCAACAUUAUCGAUCCGCGCCAAAAUAACCUACCAAAGCUCCCGCCAAUUAAAGUGACAAAAUUUUCCGGUUAUGAAAAAGAUUGGCAGGCUUUUAUUGAAUUAUUCAACAGUGUAUUUCACAACAACCCAUACUUGAGUGGGGUACAAAAAAUGCAGUACCUUUUCUCAUACCUCGAUGAGCAACCGAAACAACUGGUUUCUCAUUUAACUUUAACGAAUGACAAUUACGAGAGUGCAAUGGACAUCCUGAAGGAGCGUUAUGAAAAUCGUCGUCAGAUGGUCAGCACAUACGUCAACUACAUUGUGAAAUACAAAAAGCUAUCCGGAGGAUCUGCCGAAGAAAUAAUCAAAUUCCAUGAUUGCAUACAAGCAUGCCUGGCAGGCCUUAAAAAUCUCAAGUACAACGUAUCAGCGUGGGAUCCAAUAAUAGUAUCAAUUGCAAUGGACAAAUUUGAUACAGACACCAAUAAAGCAUUCGAGGAAAGUAUCCUGGAUGUUACUGAAGUCCCUACACUUAAGGAGCUUCUACGUUUCUUAUUAAAAAGAUACCGUAUUCUUCGCGCAUCUACCAAGGAGCAAAAAUCCGCAGCCAAGGAUUCCAAACAACGAUCGUUUCAUGUCACAUCAGACAACACACAAAGCUGUUCCAAAUGUAAAAAGGGACAUCCACUAACUAAAUGCGAAGAAUUCAAAAAACUCAAUCCCUUCGAACGAAAACAACACGCCAAGGAACAUAACAUAUGUUUCAACUGCCUGUCUCACAUCAAGGAUAGUGAGUGCAGGAGUACCAAAACAUGCUUCACAUGUCGACAGAAGCACCACACUCUCUUGCAUUUCGACAAGAAGACGCCAACCAAGAGCAAGAAUCUACAUGCUCAAAGUUCCUCUACCCAAGAUGCAUCAGUAGAGGAAGAAGACGAACCACUCGCUAUGUAUGCUGCUACCAGUUCAAUUAUUCUUCCAACGGCCGUAAUCAAGAUACAAGAUAAACAUGGACUGUGGCAGACAUUCAGAGCUUUGUUAGAUACUGGAUCGAGCGAUACAUUCAUUUCUGAGAAUGCCGCACAAAGCCUUAAACUACCCAGGCAAAAAGUUGCCACCAACAUUAAAGGGAUUGGAGAAAUGAGUGCAGGAACAUGUAAAAGCACUCUUGGAAUCACACUUGCUCCUAGAUUCCAAACAAACCAACGUUGGCACACUACAGCCCUUGUGAUGCCAAAAUUAUCAUCUUUUCUACCAACGAAACCACUCCACACUAGCUUCAACUUACACAAAACAGAAAAGUUGACUCUAGCAGAUCCAAAAUUCAACACACCCGGCAGGGUAGACAUCAUCCUUGGAGCCAACAUUUAUGCUCAAAUCAUUAAAAAGGAAAUCAAACGGGACAAGGACGGACUUGUUGCACAAAAUACUGAACUGGGUUGGAUUAUACUCGGAAGAUCCAAUCAAACUACCACCUCCAAAGACACUGUGAGUAUGAUCUCACUCGCAGAAAUUGACCAAAACUUACGAACUUUCUGGGAAAUGGACGUCGGGACCAAUGAAGUUCAAGAACAGGAGGAAGAAUGUGAAAAAUAUUACAAAGACACCCAUCUCAGACAAAAAGAUGGACGUUACCAGGUUCGUUUACCAUUCAAAAGCGAACUAACUCUAUCACUGGGGAAUUCCAGAAGGCAAGCUUUAGCCCGAUUCCUGUCAAUGGAAAAGAAGUUUGCUCAAAAUUCUGCCUUACAAACAGAAUAUGUUACAUUCAUGAACGAAUAUCAGGCUUUAGGCCAUAUGUCACACGUAAAAAACUACUCAGGACCAACAGAGAAUGUUUUUUAUCUUCCACACCAUGCGGUAUUCAAGACCGAGAGUACCACAACCAAAACCAGGGUCGUCUUUGACGCCUCUUGCCGAACAUCAUCAGGAGUUUCGCUUAAUAACAUGUUGCAUGCAGGUCCUAAAUUACAACAAGACCUUCCAGACAUAUUAACAAGAUGGAGAAAAUACUCCAUAGUCUACACUGCGGACAUUGAGAAAAUGUUCCGUCAAAUCCAAUUGCAUGAGGAGGACCGUGACUUCCAUCGCAUACUUUGGAGAGAAAACCCACGGGAGCCCAUUCGGGAGUACCAGCUAAACACAGUUACAUAUGGUACGGCUCCAGCCACAUUUCUCUCAGUGAGAACUUUACAACAGCUUGCCAAAGACGAAGGACAUCAGUAUCCAAAGGCAGCAAAGGUUCUCAUGGAAGAUUUUUACGUUGAUGAUAUGUUAACGGGUGCACACACAAUCGAAGAAGCUCGAAUGCUAUAUAAAGAAAUCCAAGACUUAAUGGCAUUGGGGAAAUUUAACUUGAGAAAAUGGACGAGUAAUUCUCGAGAACUCAUAGAAGAAAUACCUGAAGAUCUAAGAGAAAAAGGUAUCAUUAACCUGAAGGAAGACGAAACCAUCAAACCUUUAGGCGUACAUUGGAGCCCCGUUAAAGACCAAUUUCAAUUCACAAUAACUAUGCGAAGGAAUGAAGUGCUCACCAAGCGCGGUAUAGUCUCCGAGAUUGCAUCAAUAUUCGAUCCAACGGGCUGGCUAGCACCAGUCAUUCUUCAACCAAAAAUGAUCAUGCAAAUGAUAUGGAAGGAAAAUAUUGGUUGGGAUGACCAACCUUCCAAGGCAAUUAUCGACCUUUGGAAACGAUUCAAGAAAGAGAUACCUAUCAUUGAAGAACUCACAAUUCCAAGAUGGACUGGUUACACUCCAGAAGCCAAAGUGCAAAUACAUGGAUUUUCGGAUGCUUCCGAGAAAGCCUACGCCGCGUGCAUUUACAUCAGAGUAACAAAUGGUGAACAAACCAUUGUUCGCCUUCUCACAGCCAAAACACGUGUGGUUCCAUUAAAAGGAAAAAUCACACUCCCAAGACUAGAACUCUGUGGUGCCGUAUUACUCUCCCAAUUGAUGAAAAGAACUAUCCACACCCUCGACAUUCAAGUAGAUGCUAUUUAUGCUUGGUGUGAUAGCGAUAUUACAUUGGCAUGGAUAGGCAAAGAUCCAUCUACAUGGAAGACUUAUGUGGCAAAUAGAGUAAUGAAGAUUCAGAACAAUUUGCCAAAAGACUGCUGGAACCAUGUCUCAUCCGAAGAUAACCCAGCCGACAUCGCUUCUCGUGGAAUCAGAGCCACAGAUUUACGGAAGCAUCCCCUUUGGUGGGCGGGCCCAACCUGGCUACGCCAUCCCCAUCACACUUGGCCAAUAAAUAACAGAAACGAACAUAUUAUUGAGGUCGAGAAAGCUUUAUUAGAAGCUACCAACAGCUUAUUUUCGUUAUCCAUGUUCCACAGUGAAGAAGAUGUGGAAGAAGCCAUGACUUCUAUUGCGGAGCCACCUGACGAAAGAGACAUCUUUCUCAAUAGAUACUCAUCAUUCAAUAGAAUGAUCCGGGUCACAGCUUUCUGUUUACGAUUCAAACGGAACUUGCAAAGGAAAAUUGACAAUCGCAAAAACGGAGCAAUUAGCGAAGAACAAUCUAUUGGCAGACUGACAACCUCCGAAUUACAGGAUGCCAAAUUUCACAUUAUCAAGAUGAUCCAACAAGAAUACUUUGCAGAAGAAAUCAAUCUGCUCCAGAAACACAAGCCUCUACCAGCUAAAAGCCAGCUGAAAGAUCUUCACCCUUUCCUUGAAGACGAUAUACUGAGAGUUGGAGGACGGAUUCAAAAUUCAUUACUUCCCAAAGCAGCAAGAAACCCGAUAAUUCUUCCCAAAUGCCACACCACGGACAUUCUUAUCAUGGAGGUCCACAAGCAAAUGCUACAUGGAGGUGAACAACUCACCUUAAAUCGACUGAGAAUGGAAUACUGGAUUCUCAAGGGAAGAAACUACGUCAAGAAGAUUCUCAGAAGUUGCAUCACGUGCACCAGACAUGCUCAGAUCACAGCAAAUCAACUCAUGGGAAAUCUUCCUGAAACCAGAGUCACCCCAGCACCACCUUUCAGCAAAUGUGGGGUAGACUAUGCCGGCCCUAUCCUUACCAGAAGAAACAAGGGUCGAGGCAAUAUAAACGAAAAAUCUUAUAUUGCCAUCUUUGUCUGCUUAGCUACCAAAGCAAUUCAUAUUGAAGCCGUCUCCGAUUUAUCUACUGAAGCCUUCCUGGCUGCUUUACGCCGAUUUAUGGGGCGUAGAGGAAAACCAAGCUUAAUCCUAAGCGACAACGGAACCAACUUUGUUGGUGCCAAGCGAGUGCUUGACAAGGAAACAGCACGAGCUAUCCGAGACGCAUCAGAAAAUGCUGCAACACAAGUAACUCAACAGGGAAUUGAAUGGAAAUUCAUUCCACCAGGUGCCCCUCACUUUGGGGGUAUCUGGGAAGCAGCGGUGAAGCCUAUAAAAUACCAUCUCAUCAGAGUCGUUGGAGAGAAUAAACUUACCUUUGAAGAACUUACCACUGUACUCGCACAAGUGGAAGCAUGCGUCAACUCAAGACCAUUGUGUGCUCUAUCGAAUGAUCCAGAUGAUAUAGAUGCAUUAACUCCUGGGCAUUUUUUAAUUGGAAGACCCAUUGAGAGUCCACCUCAACCUGAGAUUACAGACGAGGCUCCAACAAAUAGAUGGAGACAAAUUACACGUCUUCAUCAACAAAUCUGGAAAAGAUGGUCACAUGAGUACUUAACAACUCUCCAACGUAGAACUAAAUGGCGUGAUGAGAAACACAAUCCCAGAGUCGGAGAACUUGUGAUCCUGCGAGAGGACAAUAAUCCACCUCUUAAAUGGCCUUUAGCAAGGAUUAUUGAACUCCAUCCAGGGAGUGACGGUUUAACUCGCGUUGCCUCAAUACGACUAAAAGGCAACAAAAUCAAGAAAGCACCAAUUCAUAAACUGAUUGAAUUACCCGUUCCUACAUCUGAAGGAAAUGAAGCUGAAGACCAUCAAACUACUACCCUUCCACACCUCCCUAUCACAAGGGGCGAGCCAACACAAAACAAAGUCACUAAUCACGACACUAAUUCUCAAACAGAAGAUGAUCAAUCAUCGAUGUCUCAAACGAAAGUUCCAGCCCGUCGCCCAGUUGAUGACAUUUUUAUUCGUAACAUAACCAUUCCAGAAGAUGACAACGAAGAAUGGACAACUGAAAAACCAAUACUCUUGGAAACAACUGCAAUCAUCAAACCAUCCGAAGACAUUUUUGGUAAAGCUUCUGCACCUGUUCCAACGGUAGUUGCCAUGGAAGUAGCUCCCGCUUCAAAACACCUACCAUAUACAAUCGGAGGAACACUUACAUGCAUCAUCAUUAUCAUCGUACUUUGGAAAACCAGAGCAUGGUGGAUGACCUUCUUCAACAAACUUUUGUGUACUGCAACAGACCAGUCACAAACUCAGUCACCAGAAGUAGUCCAAAGAACGCCUGAUCAGAACCCUCCUCUCGCUCAGAGAUUGCAGGACAUUCUGAGUCCGACUAGAUGUUCUCCGAAUGACACCAAUCAAGAAACACCUAUUGCAUCAAGACGGGAAAUUUAUGGAAUGGUACAACCCUCAACCAAACCAAACUCACGUCGAAGAACACAACCUCCAGCAGGCCCUAACAUCUUCAGGCCGCGGCCCCCA